AUUUAUCCUUUAGUUUUAUUUAUUGUAAUGUAGUUAAUUUUUAACUAUGUCUUUGAGUCGAGUUUUUCGUGUGCUGCAUAAGCUAGGACCACCGUACAGUGUGCUUUUGGAGUCUCGACAAUUUGAAGAUGGACUGUUACUAGAAUCAGGAACAGUCGUAUCUCUUACUCCGCAGGAGAAAGAAGAACUUAAGUCGGAUUAUACAAAGGCAAUUGAUGCAUAUGGAUGUCUUGGAGUUAUGAUGUUUGGAGAUGACAAAGCUGGUAAAGCCCGCAGCUUAUACCUGGUGCUUGUGACUGCUUGUAUGCCAGUUGGAAAGUUACUCAACUGCGAAGUAUUCCGCAUUACUGGAGCAAGUUUUUUUUCUUUGCAAAAUGGUACUGUAGAUGCAGAUAGCAGGUGCACAGAUGUUAAAAAGUUACUCAGCUCUGGAAAAUUUUAUUUUACUUGGUCUGCAAUGAAUGGGAGUGAAAUUUUGGAUUUGACUGUUUCACUCCAGGAUCAAGACAAGAAGAAUGAUGACCAACGUUUCUUUUGGAAUCACCUUUUGCACCUGCAUUUCAAACAUUUUGGUGCUGAUUGCGCCUUGUGGCUCUUCAGAGUUAUGUGUGGAGGAAUUGACAUACGAACUGUUUAUGUAGGUGCUCAACAAGCCAGAGCUGUGGUUAUAUCACGUUUGAGUUGCGAACGUGCUGGCACAAGAUUCAAUGUUCGAGGUGCGGACGAUGAGGGUCAUGUUGCAAACUUUGUAGAAAGUGAACAAGCAAUCAUACUUGGCGAAAAUGUUUCUUCAUUCAUGCAAAUUCGUGGCUCUAUUCCAUUGUUUUGGGGGCAACCAGGCCUGAAUGUAGGAUCCCAUAAAAUCAAGAUUUCUAGAGGAUUUGAAGCGUCUGCGCCCACAUAUGAUAGACAUUUUUCAAGCAUUGUGGAUAAUUAUGGGCAGUGUCUCAUAGUUAAUUUACUUGGUAAUAAAGGGGACGAGAGCAUGUUGAGUAGGCUUUUCCAACUACACCAUGAAAAGUCUGCUUUCAGUGAAGAAGUAACAAUGUUUUGUUUCGAUUAUCAUUGUGAAUGUAGAGGGAAAUCUGAAAAUUUAUCCAAAUUGAAAACAAAGAUAUGGGACAAACUGGAGAGUUAUGGAUGUUAUACCUAUAAAGAUGAUGAAAAGUUACGCAUCACUCAAACUGGUGUCAUUAGGAUUAAUUGCCUUGAUUGCUUGGAUCGUACAAAUAGUACAAAAACGUAUUUUGGAAUGCAGAUGUUACCAAAGCAACUGGAAAGUUUGGGACUUGGAAAUAAUAAGCAACUUGAAGAUAGAUUCAGAGAGGCUUUCAAAACGGCUUGGCCCAUUACUGGUGAUCUAAUCAGUCGAAUGUAUGCUGGUACUGGAGCCUUAGAAGGUAAAACAAAAUUUAAAGAUGGUGCAAGAUCGGUGACACGUGCAAUACAAAACAAUUUUCUUGACCAGAGUAAACAAGGUGCAAUUGAUUUACUCAUACUUGGUACCAACUCAGCAGAUAUUGAACUGAUGGCAAGGGCAAACAAUUUAAUGUCUGGUGAUUGCUUGCGUGCUCCCACAGCGGUUUUGAGAGGCAUGUGUGAUAAAUUCAAAGAUUACACAUCUAUCUUGCCAAUUAGAGUUGCCAUCGGAACCUGGAACGUAAAUGGUGGAAAGCAUUUCCGAUCACUGGCAUAUAAAGAUCAAACAUUAGAUGACUGGCUCAUCAAAUGCGAACAGUCACCAACCAAUAAUUUUUACAAGGCCUUGUAUGAUUUUUCCUCUGCCGAAGAAGGUGAUUUGUCAUUCGCAUCAGGUGAUAUCAUUGAUGUGCAUCAUGCCUUGGAGGAUGGGGAAUGGAUGUCAGGUUCCUGCAAUGGAUGUAAUGGAAUAUUUCCUGCAGCUUAUGUCACCAAAUUGCUACCAAGAUAUACUGCUUUGUACGACUUUCCAGCUCAUCAGGAAGGCGAUCUCGAUUUUGUUGCUGGUGACACAAUUGAGGUGACUGAAAUGACAGGUGAAUGGUGGAAGGGAAGGGUUUCAAGAGAUGAAUACAAUCCUGAUGAAUUGGAAGGAACUUUCCCAGCUAGCUAUGUUGAAAUAUUCAAAGAUAGUUUGUCAAGUGACUCCUUUAGCAAUCUUGCAGACAAUAAUGAUGCUGAGGUUGACUGGAAUAAAGCAAUGGACUUUUAUGUUAUUGGAUUUCAAGAGAUGGUUGAACUCAGUGCUGGGAACAUUGUAAAUACAAGCCAUACUAAUCAACAUACCUGGGGAAUAGAAUUGCAGAAGACAAUAUCUAACAAGUACAAGUAUGUCCUUCUUGCUUCAGAACAGCUUGUUGGUGUGUGCUUUUAUGUGUUUGUUCGUCCGCAUCAUACACCUCAUAUUAGAGAUGUUGAAAUUGGAACUGUAAAAACUGGAUUGGGGGGUGCAACUGGAAACAAAGGAGGAAUUGGUAUACGAAUGCAGUUUCAUAACUCAUCUUUGUGUUUUGUAUGCUCUCAUCUAGCUGCUGGACAAGGACAAGUACAGGAUCGAAAUAAUGAUUUUGCUGAAAUAUCCAAGAAGAUGGUUUUCUCUGGAAAUAAAUCUAUCUAUUGUCAUGAUUAUAUUUUCUGGUGUGGAGAUCUGAACUAUCGGAUAGAUAUGCCAAUUGAUGAGGUUAAACAAUUAGUUGUUGAAAAGGAUUGGAAAUCUUUGCAAAGCAAUGACCAACUCUGUACAGAAAAGAAAGAGGGAAGAGUGUUCCAGUGUUUUUUAGAAGGAGAUACUAACUUUGCACCAACCUAUAAGUAUGAUUUGUUUUCCGAUGACUAUGAUACUAGUGAAAAGUCCAGGACACCAGCUUGGACUGAUCGUGUGUUGUGGUUUCGAAGAAAAUGGUUUGCGGACACUCAAGAUUCUGGCUCAUCGUUAGUUUCAGUAAGUCAAGAUCCAGAAUGGAAUCCUGGAAAAUUGCUGUAUUAUAAUAAAGCUGAUAUUAAAACUUCUGAUCAUCGUCCCGUUAUAGCGAUACUUGAUGUCGAUAUUAUACAGUCUGAUGAAGAACAUCUCAAUACAACAUUUCAUAAAUUUGUAGAAGCCCAAGGUCCUCCAGAUGCAACUAUCUUGAUAUCAUUAACCCAAGAAGAAAAUACUGGUGACAUUCCACUGUCUGGUGAACUAUUUGAAGCAAUCAUGUCAAGGCUGAACGAAAUUGGUGAAGUUAUCAUCACCCGACACUUCAAGGGGAAACUGAUGGUUAUUUUCAGUGAUGGUACAGCAGCAGUUAGAGCCACAGACUUGAAUGAAACUUCUGUUAAUGGAACAUUGAUUUAUGUCACAUUAAAAAGUAGAGGUUGGGAGGAAGAUGUUGAACAUGAACUUCGACAACAUUCACAUUCAUUUUCUGCUAAUGAAUCAUAUGCUGAAAAAUAUGCAAACGAGGGGGAACCGUGUCAAUAUAAUUAUGAUGUGUACCAUAAUGAUGCGGAACAUGAAGAAGACAGUUCUGAAUCACCAAGGUAUGAAUAUAAUACAUAUCAUCAAACAAGUACGCAAUCAUAUGAUAGUCCUGUUUCUGAAGCCACUGAUACAAUUAAUGAAUCAAACAAGGAGGUCAUGGAAGAUGUAAAUGACCCUGGGUGGGCUUUUGAAAGCGAACAUUAUUCUUACAGCUACAUGCCACCAAAUCCAGAGUUAACCAAGAAAGUAUCAGCACCACCCCGACCUUCUAGUGGACCAGUAAAGAAGCGUGCUCCACCAAGACCAAACACCCUACCAACUAUGCCAUCAGGACCUCCACCCCUUCCAUCGCAAUCUCCAUCAAUAAUGCCAGGACCUCCUACAGCAAAACCAGGUCUAUCGAUUGGCCCCCAGUCAACUGCUUCAUUCACCCCGCUUGAGCCAUCAACUAUUCUUAUUCCUGAACCUGCACCAUUACCAUCUAGACCUCCUAGAGCCACUGCUCGAAGUCGUCAUGUUCCUAAACGGAAAGCACCCGCUCCUCCUCCAAACACAGCUGGUAUGCCUCCUCCAUUACCAUUGACACCACCCAAGGGACCGCCUAAGGUUAGGAGUCAACAUAUGAAUGCUGCUUUCAUCCCCGAAAAUCACUCUGAGCCGUCACUAUUGGACCUGGACCCUUAUGCUCCCACAUCGGCACAUGUGCCUCCAAGGCCUGUAUCAGCAGGGGUACUGAUUCCUAGUGUAAUUUCUGGAACUAAGGAUUCAAAUCCACCUACAAUAGCACCUCGGAAAACCCCUGCAACAAUGAUGCCACUCCCAACAGUGUCAAAAUCAGCAAAUGUUUGGUACACUAAGCAAGAAACUAAUUUUCCACCACCAAGAGUGGGUCAGCCUCAUGUUUCACAGAGACCAAACAAUAUGUCGAUGGCUGCAGAAAAACCACAGAGUAAUCUUUCAACUGGACCAUUCACGGUUGCAACACCACUUGAUAAUCAUAUACUGGUGCCAUUGCGACCAACACCAGCACCUAAGUCGAUUUCUAAUAAAGCAAAAUCCGUUCCUUCUGUGCAAAAUGAUCCAUUCCAUCUGGCAGGCCAACAAUAUGUUCUGCCAUUUACUUCAAAACCUCUUAAGCCGCAAGUACCACCAAAGAAUGACCCAUGGGGCACAUCCCCUGCUGUGGAUAAAAAUUCAAAUGACAUUCCAAACUCAUUUAGUACAGAUUUCUCUAAAAUGUCUUUCAAUCAAUUCUGAUCAUCACAAAUUAUAUGUCUUUUAGUGAGGAUGCGCACUUAUUUAAAAUGUCUUUUUGGUCCUAAUUGGGUGUUGAGAAAGAAACACUGUCUUAUAAUUGAUAUUCGAUCACUUACAUAAUUAGAAAGUUAAUUGAGCCAAAGACAUUAUCACGAAGCAUUCACACAUAAAGAAGUACCAGAUAUGAGAUUUUGAGCAGUGAACAAUUAGCAGGUUAACAAUUAUCAGUAUUGUUAAUAAAUGAUCGGUAAUACAGGGAUCUUAAUAAAUCCCUAUUAUGUAUAAACUGGCUGCCAAUCAUGGAUUGCAAUGGUUUCUUCCAUCUGUAAUUUAGAUGCUUUGGGAUGGUAAAUGAAAAAAAUGACCUGGACCAGCAAUCUCUUCCCAAAAUAAUAUCUGCUAUUGGUCAUUUUCUCAGAAGUGUCCCGCCUGUAGCUGUCAUUAUACAAAUAUAAUUAUUUCACAGCCCACUUACCAUAAAAUGUUUAGAAUACUAUUUAUAUUGUGUAUUGAUAAAUACAAACAAGAGCAUUCAAAUGAAUUAUUUACAUAUUUAUUUCAGCUUCUCUGUGUAUAUAAUAAUCUUGUGCUUAGUAUUAUUAACAUUAUUUCGUGCAAUAUAUUAUUUUGUGUUUAUUGUUCAAAGUUGAUGUAACAUUCUAUCCUCCAUACCACUGAUCCCAUGGCUACGACCCCGGGCAUUCAUUGUUUAUUUGACUUUUACGGAUGCUUCGUCGAUUAUUAUGUAUGUAUGCUGUAUAACUUGUGUCAUUAAUAUUCGAUAAUCUAUGCUGUCUUUGUUCAAAUAAAAGUAUAAUGAAACA